AGUGUCCAGAGACAACAAGAAAUAAACUGGCAAGAAUUCAUAUCACUGGGAUAUUUGAAAUGAUGAAUACAUUCAGAGUGAAUGUGACCCUGGAUCCUGAAAGUGCCUCUCCCCAUCUCAUCGUGUCUAAUGAUCUGAAGACAGUCAGGAAUGUAAGAUGCCUGCAGAAUGUACCUAUGACCCCAGACCGAUUUGAAGAUGAAAUCAUUUUGGGGGCUCAAGUUUUUACUUCUGGUGUUCACUACUGGGAAGUGGAUGUGGGAAACAGUAUGAAAUGGAAAGUUGGGGUGUGUAAGGAGUCAGUCAGCAGGAAUUCUAGUGUCCCAUUCUUUCCUGGAGAUGUAUUUCUGAUUACUUAUAUACAAAAUGAGGAUACUUGCACUGUGAUCAGCAGUUGCUCCCAUAUACCACCACUGGCAGUGAACCCUAUUCGCAUAGUUGGGAUUUUUCUAGAGUAUAAUCAAGGCAGGAUUUCAUUUUAUGAUGUCCUGAAGAAAUCCUUUUUAUUGAGUUUUCCAACUUUCCCCUUUUCUGAGCCCCUGAGACCAAUAUUCCAUUGUUCAUGAGCACAUAUUUAAUGGUUCUUCUAUGAUAAAUACUUUCUAAGAUUUACAGAUCAAUCAUGUUCAUAUUUUGUGGUGUAAAAGCAUUUUUUCCUUAGUGAUUAGAAGUCAUCCAACAUCCAUGGUUUGAAGUCGAAUUUAAUUGGAUCAAUGUAAA